CUUUUUCUUUCGAACCCUUCGCUUCUGUUUCUCUGUUCUCUUUCCAAAACCCCUCUUCUAUUUAACACACCAGUGUUAGGGUUUUGUUUGCCACCUUCGAUUUCUUCUACUCUCUCUCUCUCUCUGCCUUUGGAUCUUUGUUUCUCUCUCUAGGGUUUUCCUUGCACUUUUUCAUAAGGUGAUUCUUUUUGUUUGGAUCUCGAUCUACAUCUUACUGGAAUGGAUGUCCGCAAGCGAGGAAGGCCUGAAGCUGGUUUCAACAAUAAUGGCUUCGUUAAGAAGACCAAGCAAGAAAUGGAGUCCUUAUCAACUGGUGUAGGAAGCAAAUCGAAGCCAUGUACCAAGUUUUUCAGCACUGCUGGAUGCCCAUUUGGUGAGAGCUGCCACUUCUUGCAUUAUAUUCCUGGAGGUUUUAAUGCUGUUGCCCAGAGGAUGAAUGCAAAACCUGCGCCACCUCCAUCUAGAAAUGUUGCUGCACCACCACCUCUUCCUAAUGGGUCUGCACCACCUGGGGUUAAAACCCGUGUAUGUAACAAGUUCAAUACUGCUGAAGGCUGCAAAUUUGGUGACAAGUGCCAUUUUGCCCAUGGUGAAUGGGAACUUGGCAAACCUAUUGCUCCAUCAAUUGAUGAUCGUCGUCCCAUGGGACCUACAGCCACUGGUCGUAUGGGUGGCCGAAUGGAUGCUGCUCCUCCUGGUCGGGCUGCUAGCUUUGGUGCUAAUUCCACUGCCAAGAUCAGUGUAGAAGCUUCCCUUGCUGGAGCUAUCAUUGGGAAGGGUGGUGUGAACUCAAAGCAGAUCUGUCGCCAAACAGGUGCCAAACUUUCAAUCCGAGAACAUGAAUCUGAUCCAAAUCUUAGAAACAUUGAACUUGAGGGAAGCUUUGAACAAAUUGAACAAGCAAGUAACAUGGUUAAAGAUUUACUUGUGACUCUGUCAAUGUCUGCCCCACCUAAAUCCACCCCAGGUUUUCCUGGUGCCCCAGCAUCUCGUGGAAGCAACUUCAAGACCAAGCUGUGUGAGAAUUUUACAAAAGGAUCUUGCACCUUUGGAGAAAGAUGUCACUUUGCACAUGGAGCUGCUGAAUUGCGCAAGUCAGGAGUAUGAACUUCACAUUGGUUUGGUGCAUUUUGUUUUUCUAUCUUGUAUUAGCCAGGGCUAUUAUUAUUGUUAUUGUUGUGCAUUGCUACUUAGUGGUACUGACAUAACUGCUGAUGUUAGUUUUACUGUUCCAAGUUUAUUUUUAAAAGCUACUAUUUGGGGUUGCAAA